GUUGCGGAUUUGCUGCUCUCCUCGGGCUAAAUCUGUUCGGCCAGCCAAUGCAGCUAUACUAGAGGCCUCUGCCUGUACUUCCUGCGUAUGCUAUAAGUUUACAGUACAUAUCAGCUCAUUUGUGUUCAGGCACGCUAGUUGCUACUUUCACCAGAUGCACAGGUAUCGGCUGGUGUGUCCAGAUGACUCAUCAGGAGCAGCAGGAGAUCCUGUUUAGGGAGAGCCUGGAGGCAGCUAUGUCCUGGAUGAAGGCCGUCCAGGAGCGGCUCCGGCUCAACGACAACACCCAGGGUCCCCGGGCCGCCCUGGAGGCCAGACUCAGAGAGACAGAGAAAAUCCACCAGUCGGAGCACGAGGGUCAUUUGAAGUUUGACAAGGUGCUUGUGGCUGCAGAGGUCUUACUGCAGAACGGUAACCAGGAGACGAGGAACAUCACCCAUGCCAGACUCAAAGAACUCAAAGCAUUAUGGGAGGAGACCUGCACCUACAUCAUCCACUGCCACAGCCGUAUAGAGUGGGUGUGGCUGCACUGGAGUGAGUACCUGAAGGCCUAUGAGGAGUUUGAGAUGUGGCUGGUCAGCGUGUGUCGCAGUCUGGAGCCGGAGGUGGAGCUGCAGCUGGGGGUGAAGGAGAAAUUGUGGCAGGUAGACAACCAGCGCGUCCUGCUGAGUGACGUCCAGAACCAGGCACUGUUGCUGGAGAGGCUGGUGGACGAGGCUGCAGCGCUGAACAACCGCAUCCAGGAUCCCAGUGUGGACCAGGAAGCACAGGAGAGACUCCAGCUGGUCUAUAACAGCAUACGGGACAAGGCUGAUGAGAGGCUGUCGGUGCUGCAGAAGAUGGCUGAAGAGCACCAGAUGUACCAGAGAGACGUCCUGAAGUUCCAGGCCUGGCUGGUGUCCAAGACUAAGGAGCUCAACACCCUCACUGAGACAGAGGACACAGCCGAGAACAAACUCCUAGCCCUACAGACCCUGGAUGACAACGUGGCCAGUGAGGAGAGGACGCUGCAGCACAUUGAGGUCAUGGCGGAGGCAGUGCGGGCCAACACGUCCCCCGGGGGGGCAGAUGUGGUGGUGGAGGAAGCAGAGGAGCUGCGUCUGGACUGGCAGAGGCUGAGACAGAGCCUGUGUGAGGCCGGAGAGAGCCUGAAGAUCAGCCUGGAGUCUCGGAGCCAGUACCAGAGCCGCUGCCAGCGUCUAGGGGAGGACAUCGGGCAGCUCCGGGGCCUGCUCCACAGACUGACCAGAGACCUGGAGACAGCCAGGGAGGGAGACAGGACCGGAGAUCUGGAGACAGCCAGGGAGGGAGACAGGACCAGAGACCUGGAAACAGCCAGGGAGGGAGACAGGAUUGAGGAACAGAUGGUUGGGCAGUGGAGGAAAUACAUGAACAUCCGGAAUACUUUAUUGGCAGAGGAAUCCCAGGUGGAGCGCCUUAAGGCCCAGCUUAAAGAACUCUUCCGCUUUUCCCAAGAUUCCCAGCAUCUCUCUGACGACGUCCUGGCUGUGGUGAAGGAACAGCAGAGUGUGAAGUGUCGUGCUAUGAAGCUAUGUGUGGAGUCAGAGUUGGGGCUGAGACAAGUGCUGCAGGACCCUCUGCAUGGAUUCUCUCAGUGGAGUCAGGUUGUCUCUCAAGUGCUGGAGUCUUCUGCUGAAGUGUCUGAGUUCUCACACGUCGCCAUGCUGGUGCAGAACAUCCAGAGGUUGCUGAAGCACAGUCUGCAGCUGCAGGAGCAGUUGCGUUUGAUGCUGUUGAAGAGAGAUCUGCUGUGUUCAGUGUUCGGCUCAGACAGCGCAGAGAGUCUAAUGACAGCGCUCAAUGACACCGUGAGGAAAAGGGAGUUACUGCACAACCAGCUGCUGCAGAGGAAAGCAAGACUGCAGGGUUUGAUCUCAAGGACAAAGGACUUUGGGGACGCCUGCAAGUCAAUCAGGAACAAGCUGACCCUGCUGAGAGAGAGACUGACCUCAGCAGACAGCCUCCAGCCAGACAUACUGGCCAAGAAGAGCCAGUCAGACCAGCAACGGGUGAUCAAGAAGGACUUGGAGGACUGUGAGGCCCACAUCACAGCUCUGGAGACUCUGGUGUCGUCUAGCUCUGCUAACAGGACACAGUUUGAGAGGCUUUACGGGGACUGGAGAAUCCUUUACAAGUCCGUCAGGGUAAAGGUGAAGGAGAGUGAGGAGAGCAUCGGGGGGCACGAGAGUUUCCACGUGAGCCUGCUAAACGUGGAGAAGUGGUUGAUGAUUAUGAGGCAGAAGCUGGAGUCCUACCGCAGUUCUACUGGGGAGUGGAGCCUGGACAACAGACAGCAAGAGGCUGAGAGGGCACUAGGUGAGUUCCCAGAGAAGGAACUGCAGCUGCACCAGACAGAGGUUCAGGGCCAGGGGGUGCUGGAGAGGACCUCUGUGGAGGGCCGGGUGCACAUCCUCAGGGACAUGAAGCACCUGAGGGAGUCCUGGAUGGCCCUCCAUGACCUCAGCCUCAACCUCUUCAGGCUGCUGAAUGGGCACAGCUCUGAGGACCCUGACUUAGACACCCAGAGGGAGAGGGUGAGAGGCCAGGCUGGGGAGAGGCCAGGCCCAGGCAGGGAGCUCUUUCCUGGGGAGGGAGGAGACAUGAUCAAGGGUAGUGGCUCCAGCAGCAGUAGGGAGGGUGCUCCAGAGAGAUCCUCAGGAGAGGGCCAUGGGGUCUGGCUCUCUCAGACCUCUGGAGUAGGGGUUGGGAGAGGGGGAAGAACAGGGUUAGGAGGAAGGUUGGAGCGAGGGGAAGGAGGGGAGAGUUUUGGAGCGGAAGAGGGUAUUUGGGUCGAGGGAGCGUUUGAGGGCAGUAUGGAGGUUAUGGAUCUCUCUGAACAUAGGGAGAGACAGGGCAGGGAUCGACAGACUCUUGGUCAACAACUGAGUCCUAUGACGUUAACCUUGGCAGGCAGUCAGAGACGGGGACAGGGCGGUGGGAGUGGGGACAGGGACAGGGAAAGGGAGAAGGAGAGGGGUGGCGGUGAGCACAGCCUGGGUGUAGAGGAGGUGGACUCCUCCAUCGUUUGGAGAGGGGGGUACGGUCAGAGGGGAGAGGAGGGAACCACAGGGAUGACAUCAGGCCACACAGGGGGCAGAAGCACCCAUGGUGGAGGAGGAUUGGUGGUGGUGGACUCUGGCUCCAGGGUUAGCAGGGUAGUGGGGGACUCUGGCUCCAGGGUUAGCGGGGUGGUGGGGGACUCUGGCUCCAGGGUUAGCGGGGUGGUGGGGGACUCUGGCUCCAGGGUUAGCGGGGUAGUGGGGGACUCUGGCUCCAGGGUUAGCGGGGUAGUGGGGGACUCUGGCUCCAGGGUUAGUGGGGUGGUGGGGGACUCUGGCUCCAGGGUUAGCGGGAUGGUGGGGGACUCUGGCUCCAGGGUUAGCGGGGUAGUGGUGGACUCUGGCUCCAGGGUUAGUGGGGUAGUGGGGGACUCUGGCUCCAGGGUUAGUGGGGUAGUGGGGGACUCUGGCUCCAGGGUUAGCGGGGUGGUGGGGGACUCUGGCUCCAGGGUUAGCGGGGUAGUGGGGGACUCUGGCUCCAGGGUUAGCGGGGUGGUGGGGGACUCUGGCUCCAGGGUUAGCGGGGUGGUGUGGGACUCUGGCUCCAGGGUUAGUGGGGUAGUGGGGGACUCUGGCUCCAGGGUUAGCGGGGUGGUGGGGGACUCUGGCUCCAGGGUUAGCGGGGUGGUGGGGGACUCUGGCUCCAGGGUUAGCGGGGUAGUAGGGGACUCUGGCUCCAGGGUUAGUGGAGUAGUGGGGGACUCUGGCUCCAGGGUUAGCGGGGUGGUGGGGGACUCUGGCUCCAGGGUUAGCGGGGUAGUAGGGGACUCUGGCUCCAGGGUUAGUGGAGUAGUGGGGGACUCUGGCUCCAGGGUUAGCAGGGUAGUGGGGGACUCUGGCUCCAGGGUUAGCGGGGUGGUGGGGGACUCUGGCUCCAGGGUUAGCGGGGUGGUGGUAGUAGAUGUGUCUGAGUCCAGCCGUAGUGGGCAGACAGAGGAGUGGGUGGAUGGGCAGAGGUCCAGAGGAAUGGCUGAAUCCCUGGCCAUGGAGUUAGAUGUGGGGUUAGAGUCAGGCUCUGGGUUAGAGCACGGCAGCAGAGGUAACUACGACAAGGGAACAGGUGGAAUGAGAGACCACAGUGAAGGGGGACAUCUGCGACACAGAGGCUUUUUCCCGCCUAUCAAGACCAGGAUGGAGGAUUCAGGCAUGGAUGGUCUCACUCUGUCAUUCCAGCAAGGCUCUGCUAGAAAACCCUCUGGAAGGCUACAGGGCUCAAGUCACCACACCACGGCAGAUGUUGGGGCAUCCCUGAGUGCAGGGGACUAUGAGGACAGGAGGAGGGAGUUUGAGGCCUGGCUACAGAAGGAGAACGAUACACUCUCAGGGAUUCUGAGCACAGAGGGACUGCUGAGCACCAAAGAACUCAAGAUCAGGCAGAACACACUCAUGACCUUGCGGUCCAGUGUAGACUGGGGUCAGGAGCAGUUCCAGCUACUACUGAUGGCUUGGGCUGUAGCCGGGGCCAGGGCUGACCGUGGGGCUGAGGAUGUGGGCAUGGAGGAGAUACGUUAUCGCUGGAUGCUCUACAAGUCCAAACUGAAGGAUGUAGGAGACCUCAAGGCCCAUUUGAAUGUCAAGCAGGGUGCUGGUGCUGCUGGCCGAGAGGAACACACCAGGACAGCUAAGGAGAAGACUCCAGGCCUGCUGUACCGUGUGUGUCGGGUGGCCCUGCCCCUCUGGCUCCUGCUGUUGGCUCUGCUCCUCUUUGCCUUCUUCCUGCCCUGGAUGGACGAAGCCUCCAGCUGCUCUCUGUCCAACAACUUCGCCCGCUCCUUCAACAUCAUGCUCCGUUACCACGGACCUCCACCCACAUAGGAAAGGAGAUAUAGGAUUAUGAAGACCAUUGCUCUUCACCCUCAAUCCAUUCUGUGCGUGUGUGUCAGUUUGGGUCAGUGAGUGUGUGUCAGUGUGUGAAUGCGUUUCUGCUGUAGGUGUCAGUGUGUGGGUGGGUGACCUCAGCAGUUCUCACACAGUCAGGCCAAUUCAGCUCCUCUAUCACACAGGCUGGCAGCACUUCACAGAGAACAGCACUCCACACUCCUAUUCACACUACUACAGUAGCUAAUGGCCACCAAACACUUAGCAUAAUGUUGGAGUAGUGAGUGGAGGUGAUGUGGGAUAAGGAGGAGGAUUUUUAUUGCCUUUAUUUAAGGGGUGAAAUGAUGCUUACAUGGUCUUAGAUAACUGAGUGUGAUCUGUCAUAUACCAAAAAUACCUAUCAUGGUUUGCUGCCAUUUUAAAGAAUGGUGUGGAUAACACUUUUUUAAACUGCCUUUAACCCUGAUAAAUAACAUUAUGCUUUUUUUAAACUGCCUUUAACCAUGAUAAAUAACAUUAUGCUUUUUUAAACUGCCUUUAACCCUGAUAAAUAACAUUAUGCUUUUUUUAAACUGCCUUUAACCCUGAUAAAUAACAUAAUGCUUUUUUAAACUGCCUUUAACCCUGAUAAAUAACAUAAUGCUUUUUUAAACUGCCUUUAACCCUGAUAAAUAACAUAAUGCUUUUUUAAACUGCCUUUAACCCUGAUAAAUAACAUAAUGCUUUUUUAAACUGCCUUUAACCAUGAUAAAUAACAUAAUGCUUUUUUAAACUGCCUUUAACCCUGACAAAUAACAUAAUGCUUUUUUAAACUGCCUUUAACCCUGAUAAAUAACAUAAUGCUUUUUCUUCUUGGAUGAGUGUAAGAUGUUUUUAAAGCUUUAUUUUGAACCUGUACAUGAUGCCUGUUGCACAGAUUACCCUUAUCAAUUGUAGCACUGAGUUAAUGACAGCCUAGCGCUUCAAAGAUCAGGAAUAGUUGACAUUCUAGAUGCAGGAUGUCCACCGAAACACAAUAUCUGUUCUAUCAUGAGUCAACUCAAAUCUAACACAUACCGAUGAUGAUUAAGCAAGUCAGUCAGUAAUGGUAUACAGGAUGUCCCACUUCUGACUGUCCAAAUAUACAUCCUACUUUACUGUACUGUACUUUACUGUACUGUAGACAUGUUUCAACCAUAUGCUUCCCUUUCUCAAGGUUCUAUGCUAUAUUUGAACACUUUCGUAAUGAUCCCUUGGCACAGUUAAACCGUUUGGUGAAUAUAGCAAUUAUAAAGCCUU